AUGCAUAAUGAAUCGGGAUGGAGCAUCGUGGAGUCGCCGUCGACGGCGUUCUUCGACGAUUUCGGGGAAAAUAUCACCCCAGAGGCGAAGCCAACAGGUUCUUAUGUCAUCUCCACGCUGGACGUCCACGAGGGCGCCCUGCAUUUCACAUUCUUGGCCACAUUCCUCUCAUACAUCACGCCCCAUGAGCUGCCACUGGUCUCCUGUGUUGCAGAACUCCUGCGAGACGUGCUCAGGUCCAGAGUUUCACUGCCACACUUGAUUCUCGAGGCGCUGAAGGUGGAGUCGGGAUUCAUAUGCUUGGUGGGGCUGUUCUUCCUCGUGGCUCUCAUCCCUCUCACUGUCCUUCUGACUUGGAGCUGUGCUGGCAAGUCUUCGGUGUCGCAGUGCGAAUCUCGGCCAGGAUCGGAGGACAUCACCACAGCGUCCUCCUUGGCGGGAUCUUCAAUGGUAAUCGAUGAAUCACUGGAAGACACUCUCAACUGCCGCCGAAGAGUUCUGGCUGUUGUUCUGCAGUUCAUCCUGGUCGCCCUCUUGGCCAGCAUCAUCACGAUGUUCGUGACGAAUGAACAAGUGGCCUCGACUGUCGAGAAUGCACCGUCGCUGGUCAGAAUCUCAUUGCAAGACACCGAAAUGUUCAUAAAGGAGAGUUUCAGACAAAUCACUUUCUCCGCUCAUUCAGCUCUGUUCAACAUUACUGAAAGUGUCCAGAGCGAUCUCACCAACGUGGACAGUCUCCUGGGAGAGCCAAUCCGUCAAGAUCUCGCCCAAGUCUCAGGCAUUGAGCUGGCCUUCGAGGCUCUGUUGAAUCUCUGCAGCCUCAAUCUCGAGCUCCUGCGCAAGGUUCAUCUGCUCCAGAAGAGCGUCUCUCGCGCCAUCGUCGUCUCGGCGGACGCGUCGGCUCGCAUUGAGGAUCUCCAGUUUCAGCUCUCGGUCCUCCAGCAGCAGUGUCUGUCCAGGGAUCGUCCUCUAUGCGAGACGCUGCGCUUGCGAGGCUUCGACGAGAGCGGGCUGCUGAGAACUCUGCACGGCCUGCAGCGGGAUCCCGCCCUCUUGCGCAUGAUGAGCCUCGGGGAGGUGGAAGUGGACAGUCGCUGGCAGAAUCUGUCGCACGAAGUAGCGGCGGCCAGAGCGAACUUCUUCGGAUAUCCACUGCAGAUGCUGGAAGACAGUGAGGAGGCCAGAGAGAGAGUGAAGAGAGAACUUGUGCGCUUCAGAGACGCCGACAGUUGGUUCAGGAGGGAUUGUGGGAUUCUGGCCAGGAAUCUCAUGGACGAAGUUGAUCAUCUCUGGGGCAGAAUUGUGCCUGGCUUCGAUGAGAUGCAAAUCGGCGGAAGAUUGCUGUGGAUCUUCGGGAUUUGCUGCUCAAUCGUGGCUCUCCUGAUCACCCUGCUGAUCUGCUCCUCGCUCAGUUGCUCGUGCUGCGAAGCUGAUGACAAGGCCAGCGUCACUCUCCUCGGCGGCACCGCACUCAUGAGCAUCUGCAGCUUCUCCCUGUCGCUGUUCGGCGUGAUGGUGAUGCUCCUCGGCGGUCACGGAGAAGUCUUCAUCUGUCGGCCCCUGACUGACUCCCCCCACUACCACGUUCUGCAGAAACUGCUCGAUAAGCCAGGUCUUCUCCUGGCCACUGAGCCGCAAGUCGGCGUCAUUGACGCUCUGCUGAAUCGCGCCAGCAACAGAAACGCCACGGUGACCACAACUCUGGCGGAUGUGCUGGAGGAUUGCAGCCAGAAUGCGUCCACAUACGCCACAUUCCAACUCGAGAACUUCCUCAGAGCCACUCAGCUAGCUUCCCUGGAGGCAUACCCCACUUUCACGGACGCUGUGUCCGAAGUGGUGGCGAGCGAGGGCGAAUUCACCACCCUCACGACGUCCUUGGGGCAAAUUCUGCACAUCAUCAUCAAUGAGUCGCACGUGAAUCUAACCAGGUAUCGAAUGCAGCUAAGCCAAGCGACUCCCGAGAGAGAUUUGACCACAUUCAUCGACCAAAUGCAGCGAGUAUCCCUCCAGAUUCGAGACGUUGCGACAUCGUCACGCAUGACCACGCUGGGCAGUCGCGCGCGGCGGCUGGAAGUGAGUGUGAUGCAGUUCCUGGAGCAGCUUCGGGCGGAACUGCUGUAUCAUCUCACGGCGCUGGAGCUGCAGAAGGAUCCGUGGGAGAGACAGGUGAACCUCUCGCUGCGCCUCUUGCAAUCCGCCCAGGAAAUCAUGAGUGACGAAGCCACGGAGAUCUGCAAGAAUCACACGGAAGCCUAUCAGAGGCGGCUGAGAAAUCACGUCAACAUUGCCCGAGAGCAUCUCCUAGACAGCCUCAGUGGACAGGAAGCCUCGUGCUCACCUCUCUUUGCCAUCUUCGCGGCCAAUCGAGCCCUCUUCUGCAGACACCUGAUGGAUCCGCUGAAUGGCCUCUGGUUCGCCACAUUCUGCUGCCUUCUGCUCUGGGCCAUCGCGUCUCCGCUGAGCCUCUCGCUGGCCAAGAUCUCCAGACGCCUGCGGAAGGUCAGGACGCUGAGGCACACCAACAGCCACCAGUACGGCGCUCCCGCGGACAUCCAAGUCAUCUCAGAGCAGAGCAACUGGGGAGCAGCCACAAGGCGAGACGACAUGGACAUUGACAGGUCAAAUUGGAUCCACGAGCUGUCCAUCGGCCACUUUAUCAUCUUCCCAGCUGACGAUCGCAGUGCAGAAAUUUUAAUAUGAUCACAUUGUUGCCAUCCCCAAAGUUAAUUUUAUAAUAUAAUGCGAUCUAAGUCAAAUUCACAUAACUCGCUUUUGCGCAAUUUGAAUGCUUUCUCGCGGCAUUUCAGUUGGAAAACCAUCGUCAUUUGAAUA